UGGACCAACGACAAAUUAAAAAAAUUUAAUUAUGAAAGUGAAUUACAUAAAAAGGAGGCCUCCCCUGUCCAUCUUAAUUAAGAUUUCCAAAAUUUCAUCCUGCAAGACGAAAUAAACACAGCAAUAUUUAUUUGUUCAACCUUCCAGAAUUGUUCCAAAACUUCAUUCAAAGUUGAAAAUAAAAUUGAACUUCUUCUCGAGGCUUUUCUCGAGUGUUAGCGUAUUUCACCGGACCCAGUAUAGCGGUGUACAAGUAUCGUAUUCAUAUAAAAAGCAACCUGAGUUUGUCAGCUAAACGAGUUGCAAUACAAGAAACUUGGCUUCCGGGAUCCAUCAAAGCUCUAGCACAAUGAAAAUGUCCGAAUUUAUCUUUAAUUCUUAACGUAACGGUGGAGCAGAGUAACAACUGCAAGUGGUAACCGUUGAAUCCGUUGCAUUUUUUGUGGUAGAAUUUAGUGUUGUGGUAGAAGUCUGGAAACCAGAAGUUAGAAUACUGUGAAGUGAGGUGCAAUAAAUAGUGGUGUUUGUGAAAUUUAAAAUACCGUAGCCAGACGAUAAACAAUUAAAACAUAAGCGAUGGCGUUUAACUAAUGCAUGACGCUAUUGGGGUUGUAGCAACGAAUGCCACUGGGAAGAACUGCUUUGCGAGUUAAUAAAUCCAAGUAACCUCUAGAUAAUAUUUAAUAUUAUAAGAACGAAAUCCCAAGCAUCUUUCAAUUUUAGUCAUUUCAAGACGUGAUUUCGCCCUCGAUUUCGAUUUACGUAAUUCACCACUUGAUUCCACAAUUAAACCGGGAAUAUUCUGGAUUUCAUUCCAACACGGCGUCUCGAGUGAUCUAUGAUGGUUAUAUCUAUCCAAUAAAGCUUGAACGGAUAUAUCCUAAUUGUCAUCAAACGUAGGAAUAGUUUUUACAAUAUUUAGAGGUACAACUAUUAUCUAAAAAAUUAUAUUUUCCGUAAUUGCAACGAAUCACGGAGGUUUCCGUUAAAUUUAGGUAGCGAUACUCUGUUUAGUAGAAAGCGGACACUAUCAGAGCUUGUUUCAAAACUCCGCUGGUAGACAAAACAUAAUUCGUCGACUGUAAUUAAAAGUACCUAUUGGGAUAGCUUUACCGUAAAUGCCAUAGUUCAAUUUCUACAUUAAGUCAAGUAAUUUCGCAUUAACCUGACAGAACGACGUUUUUUGAAGAGAACUUCGUAUAACUAAUUCAAAACGUUUGGCGUCCAAAGUGCCCUAGUAAUUCACAUAAACGCUAUCGUAUGAAUUUCACAUUGGCUAUCGAUAUUUCUUCAUAUUUAUAUCAUUUCUCUGAUUCUCGCUACCGUAGGUAAGUGUUUGAUUUUUACAAACGAGGGCAGAGGCAUAAUGAUCGAAGCAAUGAUGCGAAUAAGAGCGAAUUAAAUUUGGUCGCCUGGUUCAAGACUUUGUAAAUGCUGCUAGACCAGUUUGUAACUCCGUUUUUCCAUUACUCUUGUUUGUCAGCAAACCAUUGUUUCAAAGUAGCAAAAAUAGUGGUUAUUUUGGUACAAUUGUUGACAAAACUUUGUUGUAAAUGUAAUAAAUUAAUGAGGAUAAUCUUUGUUUUCUUUAAAGCAAUUUGUAUAAUGAUAAUUACGGAUGACUCCUAGAACAUGGUUCAGCUCAAAUUGGAAAGAUUCCAUGCCGACAAUCCCUUUGAUCUUUACCGCGUUCGCCAUUGCGUUUCCAUAUCCUUAAAUUGGAAUACCGAUCUUGAGGCGACAAUCAUGACUGCCUGAAAAGUAUUGCGUACAAACUGGAAGUCACCUAUUUCAGACAAUUUCGCUUUAAUCGGUUUUCAAAAGAGCUAUUUUAAUUAGAUAAUAAUUAUGGCGACGUAACUGUGUAUCAAAUACGCUUUCUAUUAAAUUUUAUUAUAGCAAUUAGACAUGUUUAAUAGAUCAUAGCCUUUGGUCCUUUGUCCAUCAAUAGAUAGCAGUAUGUCCUAACUGAAAUCGUUUACAAACUAUUUCUUCUAGUUAAACUUAUCCUAUCCACAAUUUUGCAUCUUCAAGCCAGCGGAUGAAUUGGGAUGCAGGUUGAAGUCACAGUUGUAUUGUGUAAUAAAUGUCUUAUCAAACCUUUUCAAUGACGUGUAAGCAUAAUUUAUACAUUAUUCACGGUAUUGAUAAAUUCAUCCGGGGGGCACAUCAUUUAAAUACGUUUGGAAGUGAUAAUUGUUGAUAAAUCCCUUCAACUCGGUGAGCUAAAGAUGAGCGCCAUUCAAUCAAAUAAGUUAAUCUUGUUCACGUCAUGUUUUGUGAUCGCAAUGUUAUUGUUAGAGAUACUAAUAGGUUUUUUCAUAUACAAAUCGGUUCAAAACGAUGUGCAAAACAGUGUGACUAGGAAAUGUGUUAGCAAAGAAGAAUUCAGGCAGUUGAUAUACGACAAAGAAAACUGGAGACGAUUUUGUGACGUCGUUUACAUUAAAAGCCGAAAGCGUAGGGCAGUAGCGCCAUUCAAAAAACGAGUGGGUCCUCCAGGUCCUCCCGGGCCGCCGGGUCCUCCCGGUCCAACCGGACUCGAUGGUCCUACAGGAGUUUCUGGUCCACCCGGCCCACCUGGUCCUGCCGGACAAAGUAUUGAAGGACCAAUGGGACCCCCCGGUUUGCAAGGUCCAAGUGGGUUACCAGGUAGCGUAGGACCAGUAGGCCCACCUGGAAAUGCGGGAUUUCCUGGUAUCGCAGGGAUGGAUGGAAUCCCAGGCCAGAAAGGUGAAAAUGGGCACCGUGGAAGCGACGGAGUACCUGGGGCCAAGGGGGAUAAAGGAGAGCAGGGCUUUUCAGGAUUGCCUGGACUACUUGGUCCAAGGGGAGUCGAAGGGCCAAAGGGCGAUAAAGGAGAGGUCGGAUGGGUAGGUGCUAAAGGCGAUCAUGGAGUGAAAGGGGAACCAGGUGUAGUCGGACAACCCGGGGAACGGGGUGCUCGUGGUAGUACCGGACUGCCUGGGGAGCGUGGCCCGAAAGGCGACCCGGGACCAGUUGGUCCACCUGGAUCGCCAAGUAAAUGUAAUUCGUGCAAAGAGGAGCUCGACGAUAUUGGAAUUGAAAACAGUUUAACCGAAGAUACCAUCAGAUUCGCACGUGCAGACUGCGUAUCACUUACAAUUGGAAAAAAAGAGUAUUUUGGCUCUGCCGACGAAUCUUAUACAGCAUUUAUGAUCGAUUCCAAUCCUCCCAAAGAGUCUGACUUUGGCCGAUUUUGGGCAACUACCCACGACAAUACGCAGCUACUGGAAUUUCAGGACGCAACCAUGCUAACCUUGAAUAACCCGUCAAGGAUUCAUAACCUCGAGAUACCCGUCGAUGGUAACUCGCUCGUAGUACAUGAUGGAUUUCUAUUUUACAAAAUGAGUGGAAUACCCAAAAUCAUUAGAUACGAUCUCAGAAAUGAUGUGACUGCUUCGCUUUUGAUUCCAGGAUUCGAAAACUGCAAAAUGAAGCCUUUGUAUCUAAGUGGUAACAACUACGUUGAUUUUAGCAUUGACCAAAACGGUCUGUGGGCUAUCUUUUCUCGCGCAGAUUCGGAUUCUACCAUAGUCAUGAAAAUUGAUCACUAUGAUAUGAGUGUCGUGUAUACGUGGGAAGUGCCGCUAAACAAUAAACACGUUAUUGAUAUGUUUAUCGCAGCUGGAACCCUUUACACUCUCCAAUUUUCUCCAACUUUCGAAAUUGAAAUAAACUUGACGAUCAACUUUCUCUCAAGGAAUGUCACAGAAUUGCAUAUUCGAGGAAUUGAACAAACCGGCGGUAUUACUGCGGUCACGUACGAUUACAAAAAUGAGCAACUUUUAAUUGUCGAUGGUAGAAAAAGAAUUAUUUAUCCAUUCUAUUGUGAUGAUCAAGGAAUACUGCCUACUUAUGUGCGAUCGGAGUAGUACAUGAUUUAAUUAUUUAAAAGGGCCAGUUCGUGUUCAGUUUAAGUAAUUAAGGAGUCACAGAUUACCUUUUCAUAAUUUUAUGGGAUUUUUUAACAAAUAAAUAAAUAUUUCUUGUUUUCUGAA